AAAGUGACGCGAAAUGUCUUCAUUUCAAAAUCGCUCAUUUUUCACCAGGGCAAUCCAUUACCAAGGUCAAUCCGAUUCCCAUAAUCGUAAAUCCGGCUUCGGAAAGCAGUCCCAGCAAAAUGGAUUGAUGUACGAAGGUGAAUGGAAGGACGGUCUAAGACAUGGCUACGGAAUUGUGUUCCGCAAGGAACCGGAUACGGAUCUGUACGUCAAAGUUUAUGUCGGUGAUUGGAAGCACGGACAGAAACAUGGAUUGGGCAUAAAGUAUUACAAGGAUGGAACGUAUCUGGGAUUCUGGAAAGAGGGUCAACGCAGCGGUCGGGGUUUCAUGUGGUUCAACGGUGGCAGCUUCUACAUGGGAGAAUGGAGUGGGGAUCGUUUCAGCGGCAUCGGUGUGCUUUUCGAGACCGGCGGAAACCGAUAUUACGGUCCGUUCGACGGUGGCCGGAAGCACGGCGAAGGGACGUAUUUCCACUCCCGGACUGGACAAAUACAAAGGGGCUUCUGGGAGCAUGGCAUGUUCAAAACGGGUACCAUCGAAGACUGGAACAGAAAUCAAGUGCUUUUCCCUACGGUUCAUCCAAUUCCUGAGAUAAAGUUAUCGAAUUUCACUGCAAUGUAUAAGCAGUGGAUGGACGAGCAGCGGAAUAUUUUCAAUAAUACUUAG